AUGUCAGAAGGUUCAGAAAAGGAAGACACUUCAGACAGAACAAUCAGUGAUGAUGAUGAAUCGGAUGAGGAUUCAUUCAUAAAAUUUUUUGAUGAAGAUAUUCGUGAAUGUACACUGCUAACAGACGCUCUUGGCGACCCAUUCUUCCCUCGGACCACCCAGAUUCUCUUGGAGUAUCAGCUAGGACGAUGGGUGCCACGCCUUCGAGAGCCUCGAGAUUUAUACGGCGUCUCUUCUUCUGGCCCAUUGAGUCCCACACGGUGGCCCUACCACUGUGAGGUCAUCAAUGAAAAAGUCCACCAUAUUGAUUGGACUCCUUUUUUUCCUGAGCCAGUGUACAUCCCCACAGGCCUGGAAAUUGAACCUACCUAUUCAAACUCCAAGGAGAAUACAGUAGUUUAUCUGGCGGAAGAUACUUACAAAGAACCCUGUUUUGUAUAUUUCCGAGUUGGCGGUAAUCGAACAGCCUUGAAGCACCCUGCGGAUAAUUGUGACAACACCUUGAUAUUUGAAGCAAGGUUUGAAAGCGGGAAUCUACAGAAGGUAGUCAAAGUGGCGGAGUAUGAAUACCAGCUGACGCUGCGCCCGGACCUCUUCACCAAUAAACACACCCAGUGGUUCUAUUUCCAAGUCACCAACACCCAGGCCGCCACGCUCUACAGAUUCACCAUCGUCAACUUCACCAAGCCCGCCAGCCUUUACAACCGGGGCAUGCGCCCCCUGUUCUACUCGGAAAAGGAGGCCCAGAGCCACCACAUCGGCUGGCAGCGGACGGGGGACCAGAUCAAGUACUACAAAAACAACCUGGGCCAGGAGGGCCGCCCGUUCUUCUCGCUCACCUGGACCUGUCAGUUUCCCCACAGCCAGGACACCUGCUACUUCGCCCACUGCUACCCGUACACCUACAGCAACCUGCAGGACUACCUGUCGGCCGUGAACAGCGACCCGGUGCGCUCCCAGUUCUGCAAGAUCCGCGUGCUGUGCCACACGCUGGCGCGCAACAUGGUGUACGUGCUCACCAUCACCUCUCCCCUGAAGAACCCCGACUCCAGCAAGCGCCAGGCCGUGAUCCUGACCGCCAGGGUCCACCCCGGCGAGACCAACAGCUCCUGGAUGAUGAAAGGCUUCCUCGAUUACCUUCUGGGAGACUCGAGCGACGCGCAGCUCCUGCGGGACACCUUCGUCUUCAAGGUGGUCCCCAUGCUCAACCCGGACGGGGUGAUCGUGGGGAACUACCGAUGCUCCUUAUCCGGACGGGACUUGAACCGCAACUAUACGUCCUUGGUGAAGGAAUCUUUCCCUGCUGUGUGGUACACGCGGAACAUGAUCCACAGGAUGAAGUCAUCCUCAAGUGUGGCUAAACUUAUUGAUGUUUUAGGUAAUAAACGGGGCACUCAUUUCAGCACCCGAGACUUGGAGUCGAUAGGCUAUCAUUUUUGUGACUCUCUCUUGGACUACUGUGAUCCUGACCGGAGUAAGUACUAUCAGUGUCUGAAAGAAUUAGAGGAAAUGGAGAAGCAUAUAAGCUUGGAAAAAGGCCCUGAAGAUUCAGAUACUUCUGUCAUAGAAAAUUCCUUGGAUCUAGAGUCUAGUAGCCGAGGCUCAGACAGUUCUGACUCCAAUGAUUGUGAAACUUACCUUCUCCAGCUAACUUCACAGGUAACAAACAAGAAAAAACAUCUGAAAACAAAGAAGGAAAGGAACACUGUGAUGGCAAGCUGCCAAAAUGCCACAAAAGAGGUUUAUGGAGAAGAAAACAAGCAGCAGAGACUGGAAGAAGCCGCCUCUGACAAGAAAGAUGCAAGCUCCAAAAGCAUGAUAAAGAGUCUUAGCAAAGACCAAGAAAGACAUUUGUUGAAAACCUAUAGGACGCCCAUCCAGACAGCACUUGAGUUCCAUGGAACUGACUUUUAUGAAAACUGUCUCAAAGUGACAUCCCUGAAGUAUCCUGGGAGCAAUCAGCCUUCCAGUUGGAUAGAGAAGACAUGCAAACCAACAGAUGCGCAUCACAACUCCAAAAGCGAAGUAAAAGAAUGUACAGCUUCCCAAAGCAAAAAGACUGGCAUGAAUUGGACAGAUGACGAAAAAACAAUCUACAGGGAUAAAAAAAUAGCUCAAACUACAGAAAUAUUGGAAUAUUUUCUCCCUAUCAUGGAAAGCCCUAGACAAAUAGAAAAAACUCAGAUAAAAAAUCUAUUCAACCCCAAAACCAACUUCAAGAUCCAACAUCAAAUAAAUCCAGCUACUUGCCCAGAUCUAAAAAGCUCUAGAAAAUCAUGCACAGGACUCAGAAAUUCCCCUUUUGCAACGCAAAAAACGAUUGCAACCAGUGACUCCGAAUGGUUCCAGUCUGCAUCCCAGCGGUCCCUGGAAGAUUUGUCACCCCCCAAAGACCCAAAAGAGAGGAAAAAGCACUUCCCAGCCUGGGCCACAAAAACCAAAGAUGUGAAACCUUUCGGCAACAAAUCGGAGACGGCCCUGGCAACUUUGGAAACAGAUGCAGAGCUUGUCAAUAGUGACAGUCUUAGACUGCAGAGUCAAACCAGCACAGCUUUCAGCAUCUACCCAAACAUGCGGAGAAGCUGCAGCAGAGCAUCGCAGCGCUCAACCUCCACCUGA